AACACUAAUGCAUUGUAAAUCUCUUGCUCUUUUCUCAGGUUAAGAUCUCCUUCUGGCCACGGAAAAGGGAAAGAUGUCAAAUCCAAACGAUGGUAAUGCUGAAGUAGAUAUUCCACCUGAAUUGCUGAUAACAAACUUUGACGAUCCUAUCGGUGCUAUUGUGCAAAGUACGUAUCCAAAUCUUCUUUCACAAUACCAAAAUGGACAGUUUGUGCAAUCAAGAGCUAUUUUGGCUUCAACUGUUGAGGCUGUUGAUCAAAUAAAUGAUUAUGUACUUAAGAUACUUCCAGGUGAAGAAGGGGUGUAUUAUAGUGCCGACUCUAUUGAUAGUUCAGAGAUCAAUGAUGCACAAGCAUUCAACAUGAUUCCCCCUGACAUGAUUCCUCCUGAAUUUCUAAACAUUCUCGAAACAUCUGACAUACCAAAUCAUAAACUCACUCUCAAGGUUGGGACGACUGUAACACUUCUAACAGAUUUAGACCCAGCUGGGGGUUUAUAUAAUGGUACUAGAUUAAUUGUUACAAGACUAGCAGCUGUAGGUAAAUUUGUACUUGUGGCCAAAAGAUUGUCAGGAGAAAACAUUGAUGAGCCUGUAUUUCUUUUACGAGUGGAUAUGUCUCCUUCACGGUCGCCGAUUCCUUACAAGUUAGUUAGAAGACAAUACCCAAUUAGUGUCUCAUUUGCAAUGGCAAUUGAGAAAUCUCAAGGUCAAUCCCUAGACAGUGUGGGCUUAUAUAUACCUAGAUCAGUGAUAAGUCAUGAUCAGCUGAAAGUCGCAUUCUCUAGUGUCAAAAGCAAAAAUGGACUGAAGAUUCUAAUUGAUGACAAGGACAAAGAAGCAAUGUCUGAUACUAUAAAUGAUAUAAAUGCAGUCUUCAAAGAGGUUUUCAAAAACCUUAACAAGAUUAAGGAAGUCUUUCUCAACGAUCUCUCCGGUGUUGCUCGCAAGUCCACCGUCAAAGUCAGAAUAACUAGAUUGUGGGACACCUGGAACAUAAACAAAAGGAAGGGCAUGAUUAGUAUAGACAUGGUACUAAUGGACGAAAAGCACAAUUACAUACAUGGCACAAUACCAAGUAGGUUUGCACACUUAUUCAAGGAUAUCUUGCAAGAGGGAAAGAUAUAUGUGAUUGAUACUUUCACAGUCUUAAAAAAUAAAGAAACAUAUAUUAUAGUUGAAAAUAAUACUUCCAUGCUACAAUUCUCUGGAUCAACAAACUUUACACCUCAAGAAUUUGAUGAUGGGAAAAUCCCACGCUAUGUUUUUGAAUUUGUUCAUUUUGAAGAGUUACACAAGCGUGAUAACCAGGCCCACGCAGAUGUGAUUGGGGUUAUUAUUAAUAUAACUCCGAUUGAAGAGAGGACAUCUGUUAACGGAAAGACUGAUAUUAUGUCACUCUAUUUAAGGAAUGAAAGUGGAGACAUAUUGAAAGUCACAUUGUGGGAUGGCUAUGUUUCAGUGUUUGAUAAAAAAUUGAAAAAAUACAAGCAUGCUACUAUUGAACCAAACGUGGCAAUAUUCACAUCCAUCUUGGUUAAACAAUAUAAAGGUGAGUUUUUUGUCCAAUCUUCAAGAUCCACAACAAUUUAUAUCAACAUAGACAUUCCAGAAGCUAUUGAGCUCGCUCAAUCAUCCAAAGUUGCCAAUGUUAUGGAUGAAAGUGUAAAUCUUCCUCUUCUUGUUGUCCAUCCUAAAGUUAACAAAGUAAAGACUAUAUCUGAAAUUUUGGACAUUGCAGCUUCAGGGAGUAAUAUGAAUGAUGUCUACCAUUGUGCUGCAACAGUCGACGACAUUUUGGUGAAAAAUGGAUGGUAUUAUGUUUCAUGUCCUGACUGUAGAAAAACUGUUUCUCCAACUGAAACAGGUUUUAAGUGUGACCAUUGCAAGGUGGAUAUAGCAUAUCCCAAGACUAGGUUCCGUCUAGAGCUUCAGGUGAAAGACCGUACCGCUACAACCAUAUUUGUAUUGUUUGAUGAAGUUGCUGAGCAGGUGGUCCAAGUUAAGCUAGGUGACCUCACCUCAAAUUUAGAAAAUGGAAAUGGGGGAGACUCGGAACUGCCUGGACAACUCCUUAAUAUCAUCGGUUCCACGCACGUUUUCCAAGUUAAAAUGAGUUCUUACUUUGAAAGUCUUGGAAGACAAAGUUUUACGGCAAAUACAAUUUUGAAGCUGAAUGUCAAGGUAGAACAGGAAGACACCGUGGCCAAUAUAUGUUCUUCCUCAAGUGGGCCUUCCCCAAUUUUGGAACAUAAGAGGAGAAAAUUAAUAUUGCAUUCUUUGCCGGACUCGGGUGAUAUGGACCAAAAGGAUAUUGUGGAAGAUUUGGAUGACUGAGGAGUGAAGCUUGGGUUGGAAGAACCGGUCGAUAUUUGUGUUUUAAGUGUUUUUGACAAGUUUGUGUUUUUGGGCAAGUUUAUGUUUUUCGACCUGUCUUCAUUGUUGGUUUGUUACUAGUAUAAUAGAAACACAAGUGAUUAUAACAGUAAGCAUGUUAUGGAUUUAUUACUAUGUUGUAGCAGUUUUAUUGUUGAUAGCGCAUU